AUGUUCAUUUUAUAGCAUGAAAAAGAUGAUGAAAUGAAGAAUACACGUGUGGAAAACCUAGCGCCAGAAUAGAAGAAGCUAAAACCUUCAAGGUGCACGUUUCCUUGUUUUGUUUUUGUUCCUCUUCCUCGUACCCUUCUUCUCAAGUCACAACUCUUCUUUUCUUCCUUCGUGCGGUUGAAAGGAUAAUUGUGUAACAUAUCUUAUAAGUUGAGACAGUUCAGGACAAUUUACGAUUGUUUGAAGGAUAUUAUGAUCACCAUGGAUGGGGACGGCAUAAAUUGGGUUGGAAACCUGUAUCAGAAAUUUGAAAAUAUGUGCCUGGAGGCAGAAGACAUGAUAUACGAGGAUACAGUUGAAUAUAUUGAGAAUCAGAUGCAGACUGUUGGGGAAAAUGUGAAAAAGUUAUAUUCUGAUAUCGUGGGAGAUUUACUUCCUUCAAUUUCAUGUGUUUUGGAUGAGAAGGAAGACUCUGAAUUUCCAAAAGAUCAAGUUACUGAUGCUGGGUUCUGUAAGAAGCCAAUCCAAAAUUUCAUGGAAAGAUCUGCGAAGGCUAAUACCAAGCAAACAACCGAGGAUUCAAAGAUUGAUCAUAAUGCUGAUAAUGAUGUUGUACAUAAGACCGGUGCUUUGAUUAUGUCAUCUUCAAAAAGUUCUGUCAAAAGAAGAAAUAUUGUUUCUCGCUCAAGACAGCACAUUGGGAAAAAUGAUAUUAAAUCAAAUAUUGGCAUUGAUGAAAAUCAAGUAAAUGAGAAAAUGGCUGCAACCAAGAUAUUCAAUGAAAUCACUUCGGCAGAACCAGAUACACGCAUGCCAUCACAAGGUUGUGAGAUUUCAAAUGAAGAUCAAAAUCCUGUAGCUAGUGUUUCAAAGCCAGCUUUGGAUGAAGUGGCAAGACUUGCUUCUGAACCUGACCAUUGUAAUGAAAUUAAAAAUGCUUGUACUAAGCAGUUCCCUUAUGUUCUGUUACAAGUUAAAUCAGCUGAAGAAAAACAGAUUGGUUUAUCUAUGGAUAGAACAAUACAGUGUGAUGAUUGUUCUAAUAGCAUGGUGGUUCUAUCUCAUCCAGAACAAGGUCAUAAAACCGUGCAAGAAGAUCAUCUGAAGCUUGAGGAAACUUGUGUUAUAGUGACUGGAGAUGAUCUCGAAUUAGUUCCCAAAGAAGUUGGUAAUCUGAAGGCUAACAAGAAAACAAGGCGGCAAGGCUUUUCUUUAUCCAAGAAAUCGGCAAGAAAGCAAGAGUAUAAGGAGCUUGCAGCGUGGCAUGGAAACAAUGAAAAAGCAAAUGGAGUUUCAAUGAAGAAUUUAGAUCAAACAUUACAGGAGGAUCAAAAGAAGUUACUGCUUCAUAGUGUGUCUGAACCUGAAUGGGAGCUUCUGUAGAUACCAGGAUGAGUAAAUUGUGCAAAUACACAACCAAUCCUACAAACUUGAUUUCCACUUCUAAGUCCUUUUGAAGGAUAUUAAUGUACCCUUCAGGGAAUUUUAGAUGUUGAGAAGAUUUAAAUUCCUAAAAUAUCUCUCCACGCAGAAUAAUCUGUAACUUUCCUUAUUUUAUAAAAUAUUGAACACAUCCUAUUUACAUAUUAUUCACUUGUUGACAUUGUCAAUUGCAUGUCCUUUCUGAUUGAUUUCAUAA